AUGGUUGCUGCUUCUCGGGACAGCGAAACAGAUAGGCCACGCCGGUUUUGGUCUCUGUUCGUUUUCUCUCCUUCUGCUGAUGCUUUCUCUCGAGAUGACGAAGAUGAUGGCGAUGAAGGCGUGUUGUGCUUUAAGCUUCAAAGGAAUGCAUUGAGUGUGCUGGAACAUCCUACAGGGAAUGAAGUGGAUGAUGAUAACAAUUUUGAUACGAGCAAUGGCUCUGACAUUGAAGCGGCGAAAGAAGUGAUGAAAACCCAUGAAAUCAACUUUGUUGAAAGACCUCAUCUCCUAGCUGCAACCAUCCAGUUCUACAACCGUAAAGACAUUGCAUUUGCGCCGUAUGGUGAAUAUUGGAGACAAGUAAGAAAAAUUUCCAUAUUAGAGCUCCUCUCUGCAAAACGUGUGCGAUCUUUCAAAUCUAUUAGGGAAGAAGAGGUAUCUAAUUUUAUUACUUCCAUUUAUUCAAAAGAGGGGUCUCCAAUCAACCUUAGUAGGAUGAUAUUUUCUUUAGGAAAUGGCAUCACUGCGAGAACAAGCAUUGGUAAGAAAUACAAAAACCUGGAAGCUUUCUUACCAAUUGUUGAGGAAUUGACGAAGGCACUUGGAGGUUUUAAUAUGAUAGAUAUAUUCCCUUCCCCCAAAUUUCUUUACAUGGUCAGUCGGGUCAGGUCUAGACUCGAAAGGAUGCACAGAGAAGUAGAUGAGAUACUUGACAUCACCAUCUCCGAGCGUAGAGCCAACUCCGCUUUGGCGUCAAAGAUGGGCAAGAACGAAGAAAAAUAUUUUAUUACUUCCAUUUAUCCUGAAAUGUUUAGUGGUGGAGGUUACACUUCGUCAACAGCUUUAGAGUGGGUAAUGUCAGAAUUGAUGAAGAACCCGAGAGUAAUGAAAAAGGCAGAGAAAGAAGUUAGACAAGUCUUCAAUGAUCUUGGAACUAUUCCUGACGAAACAAGCCUUCAUGAUUUAAAAUUCUUGAAGUUGAUUAUCAAAGAAACUCUAAGAUUACAUCCUCCUGUACCAUUGAUUCCAAGAGAGUGUAGGAAGAGAUGUGAUGUUAAUGGAUACGACAUCCACGUCAAAAGUAAAGUAUUGAUUAAUGCAUGGGCAAUUGGAAGAGAUCCAAAUUGUUGGAAUGAACCUGAGAGAUUCUAUCCAGAGAGAUUCAUCAAUGUUUCGACUUUGAAUUCAUCCCAUUUGAUGUUAUUCCAUUUUGACUGGAAACCUGUUGAUGGAUUGAAGCCUGAAAAUCUUGACAUGACUGAGUCUUUUGGUGGCGCACCUAAAAGAAAACGAGAUCUUAAGUUAAUUCCCAUUUCAUAUCGUUCACUCGUGGGAUAA